AGUUCUCUAGCCUCCUCACACUCUUCCUCCUGCAGCAUUUUCUCUAGCGAUCAAUAAAAAAUAUCUCAACAGUACGGGGCAGUAUUGAGCCACUUUCCGACGAUGUAUUGCCUCUCUGCUCACUGAAGAGGAGGAGCAUCCAGUCGAAUCUUCUAUUUGAAAAAGAUGGCGACCUGGCGCUGGGUCGGUUUAGGUGUACGAAACUUUCUGCGGAGAUCCUGGUCCAAAACCCCGGCCCUGCAUCGCACAGUUGGCACUGCCGCUUUGGGGACCCUUGCUGGAGGGGGUCUGUUCGUUUACUACAAUCGCCAUGCUCCGACCUGGACAUUUGUGUCCCACACCGUCCACGCAGCCGAGGAAGAUAAGGAGGCUGAAGCCCCCAUGCCUUCCAUGUCGCCGCGGCGACUGCGCUUCAACCAGUUUGCCUCCAUGAUGUACGACAUGGAGCCCUACAUGACCCCCAGAGACUUCCUCUUCUCUGUCCUGCUGGAGAUUGUGGACCGCAAACUACAGAAGAAAGUCUUGACCCAAGCGGAGGUGGAGAAAAUGAUGAACACCGCAGCACGCGCUAAGCCUGGAAACGGCUUAUUCAGGACGAUCGGAGAUGAUGGCCUGAUCUCCUACACGGAGUACCUGUUUCUGCUGACCAUCCUCACCAAGCCACGCACCGGGUUUCACAUAGCUUUCAAAAUGCUUGAUGUCGAUGGCAAUGAGCAUGUCGACAAAAAAGAGUUUCAAAAGUUGAAGAAAAUCCUUUCAAAGAGGAAAGCGAAGAAGGCUGCUGCUGAGGGUGCCACUGAGGCGGCGGUGGUGUCCACGGAGGACAAUGACGACGUGACCACUACGCUACAGGCCGUCUUCUUCGGCAGCAACGGCAAGAAGAAGCUGCAGUACAAGGAGUUCAGCAGGUUCAUGGAGGACCUGCAGGCGGAGGUGCAUGAGAUGGAGUUCCUGCAAUUCUCGCGCGGCAUGGACACCAUGAGGAGGGAGGACUUUGCAGAGUGGCUACUGCACUACACCAAUGAGGAGGACAACGAGGCCUACUGGGAGAACAUGAGGAAGAAGAUACCCACCGGACAGAGUAUCACCUUUGAGGAGUUUAAAGCCUUCUGCCUUUUCACCAACAACCUGGAGGACUUUGCCUUCACCGUCAAGAUGAUCAGCGAAGCCAAUCGGCCCAUUGGACUUGCCCAGUUCAAGAGGGCCGUGAAGAUAGCCACGGGCCACGAGCUGUCUGAGAACGUGCUGGACACCGUCUUCAAGAUCUUCGACAUGGACGGAGACAACUGCCUGAGCCACAAGGAGUUCAUCGCCGUGAUGACAGACAGGGUCCUGCGGGGACUGAGGGUGCAGCCCAACCACGGCAUCUCUGGGUACUGGCGGUGUGUGAAGAGGGAGACUCUGAAAGGAGCCCAGGAGGCGCUAGGAGAUUCGGGAAGCCCCUUUUAAACUGGACCCCAUCAGAACCAAAACCAUAUUCACAUCGCUAGUUUAAUCCAGUGCAGUCUGGGCGAUGGAGUCCGAAUCCUUCAGAUUUUCCACAUGGCAUAUGCACAUACUGCAUGUCCUCAUUGUGAAAUACAGUGUGAAAAGGACAAUCAAUGACCAGGUAGCCAGCUGCUGUCUAUAAAAAAGAAAAAAUAAGCAAUUGCUAUAUUGUUAUUGGUAUACUAUGUUGGUAUAUUUUUAAACCAGAGAAAUGUAUUGCCAUUACUUAAAACACCUGAACUAAAAUCUAAUUCACUAUGUGUGGGAUUGUGCAGAUUUAGGAUGACUUUUUGAUGCUUUGAGACACAUUUACUCCUUACAUUCACAACACAUUUACUCCUUACAUUCAC